UCUUUGCCAAGUGGAUUGAAAAUGGAAAAUGUGCAAGUAUGGACCAUGAGACAUUGGCAAAGUGAAUUGAACAUGACGUGGUUGUGCUUUAUCUCGUUGAUUCCUACUCCUUUUCGUUAUUUUGGUUCCAAAAGGAGCUUGAAGCGUCCUUUUCGAUAUUUGGAUAAUAGUUGCUGUUCAUGUUGCGAAUCAAUAGACAAGGAGCAACAAGUGAAAAGAAUUGUAUUGAUAGGAAAACCAUGUAGUGGAAAAGGAACCCAAGCACCCCUUUUAAGUUCUCGUUAUGGUUUUGUUCACUUAUCGACAGGACAGAUAUUGAGAGAAGAAAUGAACAAAAACACAUCUCUCGGUGCAUUAGCAGCUCAAUAUAUGAAACAAGGUGAUAUGUUACCUGAUAGCAUAAUGUUGCCAUUGAUUUCCAGUCGCAUUGCUCAACAAGAUUGUCAAAACAAAGGCUAUAUUUUGGAUGGAUUUCCACGAACUAUUUCUCAAGCUUUGAAAAUGUCAUCCCAUCACAUCGGUGUGGAUAUCGUGUUUCUGUUACAACGAAGUGAUGAAGAUGCCAUCGAAUGGAUGAGAGAACGAUUAUAUGACCCACUAACAGGUAUUCUUUACCAUCCGACUUACUAUCCACCUCCUCCAGAUAGUAUUCCUUUUUUGCAAAGAAGAAUCGACGAUAAUGAAAUAGUGAUGAGAAAAAGACUAUUCCAGUUUCAUCAAAGUUGCUUACCUAUUAUCCAACUUUUUCAAGUAAGUUUUUGUCAUUUCAUGCAAUGGUGGGGGUCAUACAUGGAAGAAUGAAAUAGGAUAAAUUGGUGACAAUCAAUACGAGUAAUAAGAGACCCACUCUACAAGUAUUUGAACAGAUUUGUCAAUAUUUAGAAAAUUUUGAAGCUUUGGUAAGUUGUUGGAUGGCAUCAUCAUUUGAGUCACAUAAGAGUGAUAUUU